CGUUGACUGUGCUGUGUCGCGCGCGCUGCGACCAACCGCACCCCGAAACGACAAACUCACACCAACAACAACUUUAGUUCCUCAUUAACAGUUACAGUGGGUGUUUUGGUGUAAUAACGUAGUUACUUGUGUUUUGACUGAUCGCACUCAAGUGUAACAAGUUCUAAGUUCUGGAUACUGGACAAGUGAUUAAAAGUGACUGCGUGCUAUGCCGCAAUUAACAGUUUAGCUGCGUUCUGCGGGCGAUGCUCACAGGAGAGCAUGUGAUGCCGGCCUUUGACGCCCGGCGCCAUGCCCACGCCGCUGCAGCCCGGCGGCCCCGCUAGCGGCCCGCCCCCGGAGCGCAAGCGGCGCCGCAAGCGCGACGAUCCGCAGAGUUCAGCCGCGCUCGAACCCGACGACGACGACGGCGACAUGAGUCCCGAGGAAGAACCGCGCAACGCGCCCGCGGCACCCGCGGCGCCCACCCCCGCGCCCUCCUCCGCGCCCGCGCCAACCUCACCCCCUGCCGCGCCUGACGCCGUUGAUCUCACCUCGCACCGAGAUUCUCCGCCGCUCUCCUCCGAUGUAGAACGAUUCGAUGGCAAGAUCGUCUACAACCCUGAUGGAUCCGCCUACAUCAUCGAGGACCCCGAAUUGUCAGAAGGAGAAACGAGCAUACCCGAUCUACCCAAAAUAGAACCCGGGUGCAUCGUGGACAGCCGCGACAACAACGUCGUGGAGAGACAGCUCGAUUUCCCACAGAUAGCGAGCGCGUUCUACGUGUCAAGAAACCCUUCAUUAUACGGCGCGCUUUACGGAAGACUGGCAGCAGAGCGGGCGCGGGCGAGACCCGAUGCGCCCGUUAUGCACAGUUAUCGAGUAUUUAGUUUUCGAGGGGGAAAAGACGUUCCUAGACCGCCAUCUCCUCCAGCUGAGUGUCCCGUCAGCGUGCCAGUCAAACCGAUCUUAAUGUGUUUUAUAUGUAAAUUGAGUUUUGGCUAUGCAAAAUCAUUUGUAGCGCAUGCGCAAGCGGACCAUAGUUUAUCGUUACUGGACUCUGAAAGAGACGCCUUAUCAAGAGAGAAUGCCUCAGCUAUCAUCCAAUGCGUAGGCAAAGAUAAAGAACCACUAGUCUCAUUUUUAGAACCUGUAGGUGCUGCUGCGCCACCACGAUUAUCAUCUUCAGGAAGCCCUAACAUGACGGAAUUACCGAGCCCGUCGCUAGACAAGCGACAAGAUUUAAUGACGAGCGACAGAGAUACCGAAUCAAUGCUACUAAAUGGUACUUGCGAUGAUAGGAAGCCAAGCCCAACAUCGGCGUGGAGACCGCCACGAUCAAUAGCCGAAUCUUUAAUGCCACAACAUUCCUUGAUCUCCGUGGCACAUCCACACACGAUAAAUGCGUCAGUACAACCACGGGCUAGUCCCAAUUCAUCCCCACCGUUUCAAGCGACUCCCCCUGCCUUCCUCUCUGGCACGACGAUAGGUGUAUGUCCAGACCAUCUUGGAGGAAGGCCUUCAGGAGCUGACUGUCCAAAAUGUGAACUAAUAUUGAAUUCUGGAAGAUUAGGUGGCCCGCUAGCCGGUAUGCACAGCCGAAAUUCCUGUAAAACCUUGAAAUGUCCUAAAUGUAAUUGGCAUUACAAAUACCAAGAGACCUUAGAAAUACAUAUGAAAGAGAAACAUCCUGAAGCUGAAACGAGCUGUAUUUACUGCAUAGCUGGUCAGCCUCAUCCACGGCUCGCACGUGGGGAAACCUACACCUGUGGAUACAAACCAUAUCGAUGUGAAGUGUGCAAUUACUCAACUACGACAAAGGGCAACCUAAGUAUACAUAUGCAAUCAGACAAGCAUUUAAAUAAUAUGCAAGAGCUUCAAAACGGUGGAAACCCUGGAGAAGGUACUUUACCACCAGCGCCGCAACAUACGCCUCCGGGCCCUCACAAGCCGCCUCUGCCACAUCAUUCACCAUUAGGUCAGAAACCAAAGCCUACUUUCCGCUGCGAUGUCUGUAAUUAUGAGACAAAUGUGGCUCGUAACCUAAGAAUACAUAUGACUUCAGAAAAGCAUACACAUAACAUGCUGGUGCUACAACAAAAUGUAAAACAUAUGCAGACUUUAUCAGCACUCCAUCACAGACAACAAAGCCAACAACAACUUGAAAGCUUACUUCAUUUCCAUGGAGGUGAUGCUCCGCCACCCAAUCCUGAGGCAGCUCUCGCUGAUAUGGCUUAUAACCAGGCGCUUAUGAUUCAACUGAUGACUGGAGGACCUGGCCCUUCACCACCUGAACUAGGUGCCCAUCUAGAUGUCGGUUUAAAUCCAGAGGCGAUGGAACCACCACCAGAACCAGCUGACCCAGAGCCAGAGAGAACGUACCACUGUUGCAUCUGCAAUUGUUUCUCAACAGACUCCUUAGAAGCGCUAGGUCAUCAUCUGGCCCAAGACCGAACAAAGAUCAGAGAACAGGAGAUUUUGGCUUUAGUAGCAGGACAUUACGUUUGCAAACUCUGCACCUACAAAACCAAUUUGAAGGCCAACUUCCAGCUUCAUUGUAAAACUGACAAGCAUUUGCAAAGGCUGCAGCAUGUAAACCACGUGAAAGAAGGUGGGCCAAGGAACGAAUGGAAACUGAAGUUCUGCGGAGGUGUAGGAACAGGUGGUGCGAGCGUUGGUGGAGUGCAAGUGAGAUGUUGUGCCUGUGACUAUUAUACCAAUUCUGCGCACAAGCUGCAGCUACACGCUGCCGGUGCGAGACACGAGGCUGCUGCCUUACUAUUGAGACAUCUUCGCGAGUGUGCGGCGCGUAUGCCUCGAGAGAGACCACGAGUGUACCGCUGUGCUCUAUGUGGCUUCGGAGCCCCUCAUCGCCUCCCACUACUGCAACAUGUUCGAUCUGUCAAACAUCUGCAGAUGGAACAAAUUCAUCAGUUACAGCGUAGAUCUGAGGGCAAAGAUCCAACGCCUGAUGUCGCGGAGUUAUUCCAAGUCAUCCCUCAACCGACUGAGUUGACCAGCCCAUAUGAUCAACAAGAUAACGACUCUAAGGAGCCAAUUGACCAGAAACCUGAGUUGACUCAAGAGCAAAAGAUGAUGAGAUUUUUGGAACAACAUCAGCAACAGCAACAACAGCAACAGCAGCAACAACAACAACAAACCCAGCAACAUGUCCAACCACCAACUCAACAAAGCGCUAAUGAGAGAGAGGAAGAGCGUGAAACACCGGGUCCACACACGUGUCCUUAUUGCAACUUCAGUUGCUCGAACGAGUCUCGCCUACACGCACACGUUAGCUCCGUACAUGGCGAUCCUUCUCGACAUUUCAUUUGCCCUCUUUGCCAAGAUGGCUUCAAGGAACGGCCAGCCCUCGAAAGACACGUCAUGCAAAUUCAUUCCGUGAACUCUGAAGGCCUACAGAGGUUGUUACUACUUGUUGACCAGAGCCAUUGGUUGAACGGUGGAACCCAAGCUCAAAGAGAUGAAUCUCGACAAGGGGAUGAUGAGCGAGAGAUUUCUUCACCUCGAUCAGAAGGCAGCGCAGAUGGCGAAACGGAAAGAUGCUCAACAUGCAACCGUACUUUCCGUAAUGUUGAUGAAUUAUGUCAACAUCAGAAUGAGUCCGGUCAUCUUGAACUGAAGCAAACGCCUCAAGGGCCGGGCUACGUGUGCUGGAAGAAAGGAUGCAAUCGCUACUUUGACGCAGCUCAUGCGCUUCAAAAUCAUUUUAGAGAAGCACACGCUCGUAAUUCCAUCGCAAACAUGUCGGUUUCUGAGAAACAUGUGUACAAGUACCGUUGCAAUCAAUGCAGUCUAGCAUUUAAGACGAUUGAAAAACUACAGCUGCAUUCACAAUAUCACGUUAUCAGAGAUGCAACAAAAUGUGUCUUAUGCGGAAGGAGCUUUAGAUCUGUGUUGGCUCUUCAAAAGCACGUCGAAACAUCUCACCCUGAGCUAUCCGAAGAAGAGCUUAGUGCAUUCAAGCGCAGCUUAGCGUCUAACCCCCUAUUACAAGCUGCUCAAGGCACAGCUUUGGAUGCUGCAACUGCGGAGCUUUUACGCAAGGAAGCUUUAAGAACGCCUGAUGAUGACUUAGCAGAUAUGGAAGACAGAGACUCAAGUGCAACCGUUGCUGAUGAGUCCGGACAUAAUGAUGCCGAAAACUCGGAUGAUUCAAUUAUUUACAAAGACCAACAAUUCUUGGAAGAUUACCUAAACUCCCAGUCAAUGGCGGAAGAUUCUUAUAAUGAUCCGAACAGAAAGUACAAAUGUCAUCGAUGCAAAGUAGCAUUUACACGCCAAUCUUACUUGACCGCACAUAACAAGACACUCCUGCACAGGAAAGGUGAAAAACUAACCUACCCCAUGGAAAAGUACCUUGACCCAAAUAGACCAUUCAAAUGUGACGUAUGCAAAGAAUCGUUUACGCAAAAGAAUAUUUUACUCGUUCACUACAAUAGCGUGAGUCAUUUGCAUAAGUUGAAGCGAGCGAUGCAAGAACAACAGAAUAAUAACAACCCUCCCGUGUCGCCCGGGGCGGGCUCUGCGCCCUCUAAUUUGACACUUACUCCCAAGAGUACAUCGAGUGAAGAGGAUGAUCGCAAACGAUACAAAUGCAACAUUUGUAAAGUAGCGUACACACAAGGCAGUACGCUGGACAUUCACAUGAGAUCAGUGCUACAUCAAACACGCGCUGGCAAAUUGCAAGAACUCGCCGCAGCCGGACACGUGGACUUGUCGCGACCCUUGGUAGAGCAGCCUGACCGGACCGACCCCGCCAAAAUUUUACAAGACGUGUUGUCGCCGAAAAAUACAUCCCCUUCAUCUACAAGCAGUGGGGGCCCGCGCUCCUCUCCCCCUGCGCGCCCAGGUAGCCCGCGAUCCCCGCGCGCAGGUAGCGCUUCGUGCGAACGCUGUCACGCGUCAUUCCCGACCGGGGAGCUACUCGACGCACAUCGAGCGACCUCAUGUCCGUUUGGCGAUGCGCGGGCGCAUUCGCCGCUAGGUGAAGCUGAAACAGCUGCACUUGACGAGAUGGUCGCCAAGGGCAACCCGCCCAAACGCAAUUCACAAAUGUAUAAACAACUUUUAGAAACUUUCGGCUUCGACCUCGUCAUGCAAUACAAUGAAAACCAGCGAAGAAAAAUGCAAGAAGAGCGAGAGAUGGCGCGUGUGCCGAGCCCGCCGCCUCCGCCUCCAGAAGAGAAGCCCCCGGAUGGUGAAACUAAAUCGACGUGUCAACAUUGCAACAAGGAGUUUUCUAGUGUUUUUGUUCUUAAAACUCAUUGUGAGGAAGUGCAUAAAGAUAAAGUACCGUUCGAAUUCCUGGAGCAAUUCGCCGAACAGUUCAAAUCGGAGUAUGAGAGGAAAUCAGGUGCGCCGAACUCUCCGCGGGCGGCCUCUCCUGCGCCGCAGGGUGAGAGGUCACCCUCUCCACGUGGUGAUAACAGUGCUAACUUCAAUGAAAAUGGAAACGCGCAGGGGGAUGCGCAAGCUGGCGCUUUGCUAGCUGCGCAAGUGCAAGAGAUGCAAGCAGCUCUGAACAUGAUCCAACUUCAGCAGCAGCUGGGUCAGCUGCACCCGAUGGUGGCUCAGAUGCUAUCGUUGGGGCUCCCUCUGGGCUUGAACGUGGGUGCUCUGGCAGCGAUGAACCUUCAGCCGCCCCUGGUUCCUCUAAUGUUGCCUCCUCCGCCAUUCGACGCGAUGCCCUUCGCUCACGACGCGCAAAUGAAACAACAGCAAUUAUUACAGCAACAGCAGCAGGCUAACGCUGCAGCUGGUCAAAAGAGAGCUCGUACUCGCAUCACUGACGAACAACUUAAGAUUUUGCGAGCUCACUUUGACAUUAACAACUCGCCCAGCGACGAAGCUAUCGCGAAAAUGGCUCAACAGUCUGGACUUGCUACAAAGGUAAUCAAACAUUGGUUCAGAAACACUCUUUUCAAGGAGCGUCAGCGGAACAAGGAUUCACCUUACAACUUUAACAACCCUCCCUCCACGACACUCAACUUGGAGGAGUAUGAGAAGACAGGUGAAGCUAAAGUCACAACUUUGGAUUCAUCGGCUAGCUCAGAUGAAGGCAAGCCACCGCCUGAAAAAAAGGCAAAGAUCGAAGACAACAGCAUGAUUAUGCAACAGGAGGUAAAAUCAGAACCUAAUGACGAACCAUCAAUGGAGGAAAAGUAUAAUUCCUAUGAUGAUCGCCACCAGGAAGAUAAGAGCUUUAUCUUUCCUCAAGCACCAUCUCAGAGUCCUGCACCCUUACAGACUAAUGACCAUCAUCAUCAAAACAAAUCGCGACCGCAAACUCCCACGCAUAUAUCUCUAAACUCGCUGAUUCAAUCUCAAUUAGAUUCAAUUCCGGCUACGAGUAUACCGCAGCCGCCACAUCCAUCAAUGCUACCACCAAAACUGAAUCCUAAUUUCACGUCCCCAAACUCCGCGCCCCCGAACGUCCUACCUUUGACCCCGAAUCGCAGCCUCAGUCCUGGCAGGGGACCGGCCGAUUUCGGACUUUCCGGGGGCAAUUCGAACGGAUCCAACAGCUCAACGGGGUCUUCUGGCAAACGCGCCAACAGAACUAGGUUCACUGACUAUCAAAUCAAAGUAUUACAAGAGUUUUUUGAAAACAACGCAUAUCCCAAAGAUGAUGAUCUCGAAUAUUUAUCGAAGUUGUUGGGAUUAAGUCCAAGAGUAAUAGUAGUAUGGUUUCAAAAUGCACGCCAAAAAGCCAGAAAAGUUUAUGAAAAUCAACCAGCCGCAGACCCGCCUGCAAGCGCUACUGAUGACGCAAAUAGAUUUCAGCGCACCCCAGGCCUUAACUAUCAAUGCAAGAAGUGCCAAUUAGUAUUCCAAAGGUACUAUGAACUCAUAAGACAUCAGAAAACUCAUUGUUUUAAGGAAGAAGAUGCUAAAAGAUCAGCACAGGCGCAGGCGGCCGCAGCUCAAGUUGCUGCCACAUUGAGCAGUGAGGACUCAAACUCUAGCAAUGUUGAGCAUCACCCUCCCCACGUGCCAGUUUCGCCCGCUCCGCCGCGCACGCCAACCCCGGCCGCGCCCACCUACCCCGUGUCUCCAGCACCACCAGCGCCUUUAACGCCAGUAACUCCUCUAACACACGCUCCACGUGAAGAAAAGGAUGGAAAUUUUCAAUGUGAUAAAUGUAACUUAGUCUUCCCUCGGUUUGAUUUGUGGCGGGAACAUCAACUUGUUCACAUAAUGAACCCAAACCUAUUUCCCACAUACCCGCCGGAUUCCCCAUUUGGGAUCUUGCAGCAGCAUGCGCAGCUGCAACAAUUAAACGCAACGCUUGGGACUGAUGAGGCUCGACAUCCAUUGGUAGCUGCUCUCAACCAGCAAGUUGCUAAGAGGAAAUUCGAUGAAUAUGAAGAAGUGGACACUGGAGAACAACCAAAAGACAAGCGCUUAAGAACUACUAUUUUACCUGAACAACUGGAUUACCUCUACCAAAAAUACCAAAUUGAAUCUAACCCAUCGCGAAAAAUGCUUGAAAACAUAGCACGCGAAGUUGGACUAAAAAAAAGAGUGGUACAAGUUUGGUUCCAAAAUACACGAGCACGUGAGAGGAAAGGCCAGUUUCGUGCGCAUGCACAAGUCAUCAAUAAACGAUGUCCGUUUUGUCCAGCCUUGUUCAAGGUAAAGAGCGCACUAGAAAGUCAUUUGAGCACUAAACAUGCGGAUCAGUGUGCGAGAGGCGAAAUUAACGUAGACGCGCUGCCUGAUGAAGAAUUAAGUACAGAAUCAACACCUAGUUUUGGCUCCCAACAAAGUGACCGGCAGCAAAAUUUUUCCCAAGCGGGGGCUCCCAUGUUGCCCCCUAUUUUUCCACCUUUUCACUCAGACAUGGAGAAGUUUAUCAAGCAGUACAGUGAGGAGUCAAUGAAGCGCUAUGUUAGUGAAUUACAAGCGCACGCCGCUGCCCAACAAAACGGUGGCGGAAACAAUGAAGUAUCUGAGCGACGCCCAGAACAUGGAAAAUCGGAGAUACCUUUAGAUCUCAGUAAACCUGUUGACCUGUCACGACCCGGAUCGGACGCCGACGAGCGUUCCGACACCGCUUCCGAGACUAUGGAGUUCUACGAGGAAGAUGAGCCGACCUCACCUCUACCUGGCCAACAGCAGUCGGCGCGACCACCUGGCAAGCGAUAUCGUACGCAAAUGUCAUCCUUGCAAGUAAAGAUAAUGAAAUCAUUAUUCGGUGACUAUAAAACUCCUACUAUGGCCGAGUGCGAGGCGCUCGGGCGCGAAAUAGGGCUGCCCAAACGCGUGGUGCAAGUUUGGUUCCAAAAUGCACGUGCCAAAGAGAAGAAGGCGCGUCUGGCUGCCGGACUGAUGGAAGUGUCUGACGCACCGCCGCCAGAGGAGUGUCGAGUGUGUGACUUCAAGUACAGUCACAAGUAUUCGGUACAGGACCAUGUGUUUACACGUGGUCACAUCGCCGCAGUGCGCGCGCGCCUCGAGAGCGGCGCGGGCGGCGGCGAGGACAGCACGCUCGCGCUCAUGCAGAUGGCGGCGCGGCUCGAGAGCGGCAUGGGCGGCGACCUGCACAACGCGUUCCUGCGGCCUCAGCUCGCCGGAAACGGUGAGUGUACAACUUGACCGCGGAGCGAGUCGCCCCGCGCCUCCCAGCGCUGAGCGAUCCCGCACCCUCUUACAUUAGAACCUCGCAGCGGCGAGCUCCGCUCGAUCGCGUCAUUGUCACUUGGAAUGUGUUCAAUUCGAGAUGAAGAUAUUAUUAAUGCAGUUCGAGCGAAGCUCAUUUCGUGCCGUGACGGUCGUUGCUACUUUCCUACUAGUGAGUCCUUUUGUAAAUAAAAUUUUAGGUGUAACUGAAAUAGUUUAACGUUAUCUCCCCGUAGUGUUGGUGUUUCAAUGUUAAAUCUUCUUCAGAUUGAGAUAAGCUAUAAUUGCCCGUGAGAAAUGCACAUAUUCAAAACAGUACUGAGAUAAAUAUGCGCCAAGUCGGUCGGCCGAUGUAAAAGGUAAUGGCGGCACGUACGCAGCCGAUUCAAUCUCUGAAAUUAUUUCGUAAUUCAGAUAAUUACUGAGCACCUAGCUCGGAGCGUGGCAACAGUAAAAAACAUUACUCAAUCUUCGAAUUAUAAUAUAAAUCUUAAAUUAGUGUGAAAUAGAUAUUUUUUUGUAUAGUUGUGCGUUGGGACAGUAUUUAGGAGUAAAUGCUAUUUGUUUGUGUGCGCACCGCUGCCGCGGCCGCGGCACGUGUUGUCGCGGAGGCGGGCCGGCCGGUGGGCGGCCGCUGCAAGCACAUACGAAUGCAGUCGAUGCACAACAAUGGUAGGAGUUAGGACGCGUGAAGGACGUCGUAUAUCUAAUGGGACCGAUCUGGCGCACAUGCAUUUCGCUCCACAUGAAUAAUCAAUUAUUUAAAUGAUGCCAAUCAAGACUUUCUCGGAAACAGCACAUCAGUGUCCAUUGUUUCCUUUGUUUUUAUUACCUUAUUAUAUUGUGUUUGCUCUACAUAUUGGAAACCAACACUACAGAGAGAUAUAGACUAGUAAUCUGUUGCAUAAUAUUAUUCUUCCUAGUUGUUCGUAUUUAAAACUCCUAUUAGGUAUUAGCGACAUGUCGAUUGUUGUAGGAUUGUAAUGAAAACCAAAUUAUAUAUUUUAGAGAAUUUAAAUGUUUUAGUUAUUAUUAUGUAAAGUCAUAGCGAAGCCUGAAGUCUAUAAUUAUUUAAAUAAGGUGCCUUGUAGGAUCCAAGUGUUUUGUAAAUUAUUUUUCUCUUGAGCUCCACUGUAAAUAGUUAAAAGUAUACUAUUAGUUGUAACGAUGUGCAUUGUAAAAUUAUCUCCGACCGCUGUUCGUAUUGUGUAUUUGGAUAGUUCUUAUCUAUAGGUAGAUAUAAAUAUAUUAUUUGUUUCGUAGAGGCAUCUUAAGAACUUGUGAUAUAAAUGUAUCUAAUUAGUUUACUUCGCAUCUUUCGCAAGGGUCUCGGCUGAGGGCGCGAGCCUAAAAGUACAAAAAUACAUACAGACAUAACAUUAGAAGUUUGUCGGUUUUUACAUAAUAAUGAGCCGUUUUGUCGUGUGGGGUCCCGCCAGUUUUUGCUAUUCUUUCGUGACAUUUACAUAAGAGUGGGCCUCGAUUGAGGCGUUAGGCGAUAUGCAAAUAUUUUCUUCAAAUUAGAAUGUUGCGUACGUGGGGCGCACGAGCGCGGCGCGCAUGCGUCCGCGCCCUGCGCACGCGCUGCGGGGCGACGCUGCGCCCUUAUUUAUUACGUGGAAAUUUUCGCUACCGACUCUAAACACCUUGAUACGUCUCUAUUGAUCUUUCAAAUGCAAAUAUCCCGGUCUGUCGUAAAGAACAUAAUAAGUAUUAUUUACUAUUCCUUGAAUACAUACUACAGCAUUAUGGUUUUACUUUAGAUUUUGAGCAUGUUUAUUUGCAUAUCGCUUUCUGUUAUUUUUCUUUUAUUUUUGUUAUGUUUGUAUUUAUUUUUGUUCUUUAGUUUUAUUAUUAUUUUGUUUGUCAUGUAGAUACCUAAACGUAUUUACGUCGAGGACUGACGUACUCCUUGAUAUUGAAUUUGCCUCCAAUACGACUUCCAAUAAUUUUAUUUUAAUUUGUAUAAUUUAAUUUUUAACCUAAUUUUAUGCGAUCUGCAUUUACUGUUAUUCAGAUGACGUUAUUCUAAAUAGUUAUUUGAAACAAAGUCCUGUGCCAGCCAGUGAAAGAAUUCUUUGGUAUUUUGCGGCGUUGAUUCGACCGCCUAGGGAAAGAUUGAAAGUCUUGUAAACUGAAUAGUAUUAUUAUAAUUAUUAUCUACAGUUAUUAUAUUUGCAGAAUUCGUUGAAAUAAAUGCAAUAUUUAUAUUAUUGAA